GCUGUUCAGUUACUUUGGGUCAAUUUGAUUAUGGACACUCUAGGAGCUUUAGCCCUUGCUACUGAACCUCCCAACGAUGGACUUUUGAAAAAACCCCCGGUGGGAAGGGGAACAAACUUUAUCACCAAAACUAUAUGGAGGAAUACCAUUGGACAGAGUAUUUAUCAGUUAAUUGUGCUUGCUAUUCUAAAUUUUGAUGGCAAGAGGCUACUCAGAAUUGGUGGUUCAGAUGCAACUGAAGUGCUUAACACUUUGAUAUUCAACUCUUUUGUGUUUUGUCAGGUGUUUAAUGAGAUAAACAGCAGAGAUAUGGAAAAGAUAAACAUAUUCAAAGGCAUGUUUGACUGCUGUAUAUUCUUGAUGAUAAUUUUCGCCACCGUCGCAUUUCAAGCGGUGAUAGUUGAAUUUCUUGGAGCAUUUGCCAGCACUGUGCCUCUAAGCUGGCAAUUCUGGUUACUCAGUGUUUUAAUUGGAGCAAUUAGCAUGCCUGUAGCUGUUAUCUUGAAACGCAUCCCAGUUGAAAACAAAAAUACUACAAAUAAACAACACCAUGAUGGUUACGAUGCACUUCCAUCUGGUCCUGAGCUAGCUUAGAACAAAUUAUUACAAGACAUCC